AUGAUGAAUAAUCUGAGCAAUAAUGGUAUUAUAGACAAUACAAGUAUUUAUUUAUCAAUAUCAACAAUAGAAAAAACUAGUUUAUUUAUUCUUAUUUUAUCUAUACUUUUAUUUAUUGUUCUUUUAAUUGGUCUAAUUGGAAAUAUACUUGUUAUUUAUGUUGUAUUAAAUUAUGGUCUAUUAAAAACAGUUACAAAUAUAUAUUUAUUACAUUUAGCUUUAUCAGAUGUUAUUUUUUUAAGUGGUGUACCAUUUUUUAUUUCUUCAAUUAUAACACAUUCAUGGUUAUUUGGAAGUUUUGCAUGUAAAAUAUUUUUUCUUACACAAGGUGUUAAUCAAUAUACAUCUAUUAUUAUUUUAUCAUUAUUAUCAUUUGAUCGAUAUUUAGCUGUUUGUCAUGUAGCUAAAUCAAUAGCAUGGCGUUCACGUUUUAAUCCAAAUAUACUUAUUAUUUCAAUAUGGAUACUUUCAUUUAUAUUAAUGUUACCUAUUAUUUCAUUUACAACACUAGAAGAAACAUUUGAAUCUGUUGUUCAAUGUACAAUAAUUUUACCAUUAUUUCAAUCACGUACACCUUAUUUUGUAUAUGUUGCAUAUACAUCAUCAAUAACAUUUUUCUUACCACUUACUUUAAUGACUUAUUUUCAUAUAAGAAUAGUUUAUCGUUUACGAAAUCAACUUCCUAGACAACAUAGUCGUUCACGUUUAUCAAUGCGUGCACGACGAAAAGUAACAAUAUUAGUUUUAACUGUUAUUAGUGUACAUAUAAUAUGUUGUACACCUUAUUGGACAUUUCAAAUGUUUGCAACAAGUGAAUUAUUACCACAAACAAGUUCAAUACUUAUUCCAAUGUCAAGUUUAACACAAUUUCUUUUAUUUGUUAAUUCAUCAACAAAUCCUAUUUUAUAUGCAUUUAUUAGUGAAAUAUUUCGUGCAAGUUUUAAACGAGCUUUUCAUUGUUGUUUAAAAACAAAUAAUAAUCAUAUUAUACAACAUAAAGAUCUUGAUUAA